GGAGGCAGCAGCGGCCGGAGGGCGACUUAGGGGCGCGCCCGCCGCGGUGGACCCAGACGCUUCCCUUCGGGUACCCACCUCCGACUCCCUCCGCCGCGCCGUCCCGCGGGAGCCGGCGGGACCCCAGGCCGGCAGGGAGCGCCGGCGGCGGCGGACGCGGCACCAUGAGGCGGUCGUGGGGCGCGCUGCUGCUUGGCGCCCUGCUCUGCGCACACGGCCUCGCCAGCAGCCCCGACUGUGCUUGUGGUCGGAGCCACUUCACAUGUGCCGUGAGUGCCCUCGGCGAGUGUACCUGCAUCCCCGCCCAGUGGCAGUGUGAUGGAGACAAUGACUGCGGGGACCACAGCGAUGAGGAUGGAUGUAUGCUGCCUACCUGCUCUCCUCUUGACUUUCACUGUGACAAUGGCAAGUGCAUCCGCCGCUCCUGGGUGUGCGACGGGGACAACGACUGUGAGGACGACUCGGACGAGCAGGACUGUCCCCCCCGGGAGUGCGAGGAGGACGAGUUCCCCUGCCAGAACGGCUACUGCAUCCGGAGCCUGUGGCACUGCGAUGGUGACAAUGACUGUGGCGACAACAGCGAUGAACAGUGCGACAUGCGCAAGUGCUCGGACAAGGAAUUCCGUUGCAGCGAUGGAAGCUGUAUUGCUGAGCACUGGUACUGUGAUGGUGACACCGACUGCAAAGAUGGCUCUGACGAGGAGAACUGUCCCUCGGCAGUGCCAGCGCCCCCCUGCAACCUGGAGGAGUUCCAGUGUGCCUACGGCCGCUGCAUCCUCGAUAUCUACCACUGCGACGGCGAUGAUGACUGCGGAGACUGGUCGGACGAGUCUGACUGCUCCUCCCACCAGCCCUGCCGCUCUGGGGAGUUCAUGUGUGACAGCGGCCUGUGUAUCAACGCAGGCUGGCGCUGCGAUGGCGAUGCAGACUGUGAUGACCAAUCUGAUGAGCGCAACUGCACCACCUCCGUCUGCACUGCGGAACAGUUCCGCUGUCGGUCAGGCCGCUGCGUCCGCCUGUCCUGGCGCUGUGAUGGGGAAGAUGACUGUGCAGACAACAGCGAUGAAGAGAACUGUGAGAACACAGGAAGCCCCCAGUGUGCCUCCGACCAGUUCCUCUGUUGGAACGGGCGCUGCAUCGGGCAGAGGAAGCUGUGCAACGGGGUCAAUGACUGUGGGGACAACAGUGAUGAAAGCCCACAGCAGAACUGCCGGCCCCGGACGGGUGAGGAGAACUGCAAUGUUAACAACGGUGGCUGCUCCCAGAAGUGCCAGAUGGUGCGGGGGGCAGUGCAGUGUACCUGUCACACGGGCUACCGGCUCACCGAGGAUGGGCGCAUGUGCCAGGAUGUGAAUGAAUGUGCCGAGGAGGGGUAUUGCAGCCAGGGCUGCACCAACAGCGAGGGGGCUUUCCAGUGCUGGUGCGAAGCUGGCUAUGAACUCCGGCCCGACCGGCGCAGCUGCAAGGCUCUGGGGCCGGAGCCUGUGCUACUGUUCGCCAAUCGAAUCGACAUCCGGCAGGUGCUGCCGCACCGCUCCGAGUACACACUGCUGCUCAACAACCUGGAGAAUGCCAUUGCGCUCGACUUCCACCACCGGCGCGAGCUCGUCUUCUGGUCCGACGUCACCCUGGACCGGAUCCUCCGCGCCAACCUCAAUGGCAGCAACGUGGAGGAGGUUGUGUCCACCGGGCUCGAGAGCCCAGGGGGCCUGGCUGUGGAUUGGGUCCACGAUAAACUCUACUGGACCGACUCGGGGACAUCAAGGAUUGAGGUGGCCAAUCUGGACGGAGCCCACCGGAAGGUGCUUCUGUGGCAGAACCUUGAGAAGCCCCGGGCCAUUGCCUUGCACCCCAUGGAGGGUACCAUCUACUGGACAGACUGGGGCAACACCCCCCGCAUCGAGGCCUCCAGCAUGGAUGGUUCUGGACGCCGCAUCAUCGCCGAUACCCAUCUCUUCUGGCCCAAUGGCCUCACCAUUGAUUAUGCCGGGCGCCGUAUGUACUGGGUAGAUGCCAAGCACCACGUCAUCGAGAGGGCCAAUCUGGACGGGAGUCACCGCAAGGCUGUCAUUAGCCAGGGCCUCCCACAUCCCUUUGCCAUCACGGUAUUUGAAGACAGCCUGUACUGGACCGACUGGCACACCAAGAGCAUCAACAGUGCUAACAAAUUUACUGGCAAGAACCAGGAGAUCAUUCGCAACAAACUCCACUUCCCCAUGGACAUCCACACCUUGCAUCCCCAGCGCCAGCCUGCAGGGAAAAACCGCUGUGGGGACAACAACGGAGGCUGCACCCACCUGUGUCUGCCCAGUGGACAAAACUACACCUGUGCCUGCCCCACUGGCUUCCGCAAGAUCAGCAGCCACGCCUGUGCCCAGAGUCUUGACAAGUUCCUGCUUUUUGCCCGAAGGAUGGACAUCCGUCGGAUCAGCUUUGACACAGAGGACCUGUCCGAUGAUGUCAUCCCACUGGCUGACGUGCGCAGUGCUGUGGCCCUGGACUGGGACUCCCGGGAUGACCACGUGUAUUGGACGGAUGUCAGCACUGACGCCAUCAGCAGGGCCAAGUGGGAUGGAACAGGACAGGAGGUGGUAGUGGAUACCAGUUUGGAGAGCCCGGCAGGCCUGGCCAUUGAUUGGGUCACCAACAAGCUGUACUGGACAGAUGCAGGGACAGAUCGGAUCGAAGUGGCCAACACCGAUGGCAGCAUGCGGACCGUACUCAUCUGGGAGAACCUGGAUCGGCCCCGGGACAUCGUGGUGGAACCCAUGGGCGGGUACAUGUAUUGGACGGACUGGGGUGCGAGCCCCAAGAUUGAACGAGCUGGCAUGGAUGCCUCGGGUCGCCAGGUCAUCAUCUCGUCUAACCUGACGUGGCCUAAUGGAUUAGCCAUUGACUACGGGUCCCAGCGGCUAUACUGGGCUGAUGCCGGCAUGAAGACCAUUGAGUUUUCUGGGCUGGAUGGCAGCAAGAGGAAGGUACUGAUUGGAAGCCAGCUGCCCCACCCGUUUGGGCUGACGCUCUAUGGAGACCGCAUCUAUUGGACCGACUGGCAGACCAAGAGUAUACAGAGUGCCGACCGGCUGACGGGGCUGGACCGGGAGACUCUGCAGGAGAACUUGGAAAACCUCAUGGACAUCCAUGUCUUCCACCGCCGUCGCCCGCCAGUGUCUACACCAUGUGCUACAGAGAAUGGCGGCUGCAGCCACCUAUGUCUUCGGUCCCCAAGUCCAAGUGGCUUCAGCUGUACCUGCCCCACGGGCAUCAACCUGAUGCCUGAUGGCAAGACCUGUUCACCAGGCAUGAACAGUUUCCUCAUCUUCGCCAGGAGGAUAGACAUACGCAUGGUCUCCCUGGACAUCCCGUACUUCGCUGACGUGGUGGUACCCAUCAACAUUACCAUGAAGAACACCAUUGCCAUUGGAGUGGAUCCCCAGGAAGGAAAAGUAUACUGGUCAGACAGCACGCUGCACAGGAUCAGCCGUGCCAAUCUGGACGGUUCACAGCAUGAGGACAUCAUCACCACAGGCCUGCAGACCACAGAUGGGCUCGCAGUGGAUGCCAUUGGCCGGAAGGUGUACUGGACAGAUACGGGAACCAACCGCAUUGAAGUGGGCAACCUGGAUGGAUCCAUGCGGAAGGUGCUGGUGUGGCAGAACCUCGACAGCCCCCGUGCCAUUGUUCUGUACCACGAGAAGGGGUUCAUGUACUGGACAGACUGGGGGGAGCACGCCAAGUUAGAGCGGUCCGGAAUGGAUGGCUCAGACCGUACCGUGCUCAUCAACCACAACCUUGGUUGGCCCAAUGGACUGACGGUCGACAAGGCCAGCUCCCAGCUGCUCUGGGCUGAUGCCCACACUGAGCGAAUUGAGGCUGCUGAUCUGAAUGGUGCCAGUCGGCACACACUGGUGUCACCCGUGCAGCACCCGUACGGCCUCACCCUGCUCGACUCCUACAUCUACUGGACUGACUGGCAGACCCGCAGCAUCCACCGUGCCGACAAGGGUACCGGCGGCAAUGUCAUCCUGGUGAGGUCUAACCUGCCAGGGCUCAUGGACAUCCAGGCUGUGGACCGGGCACAGCCCCUGGGUUUUAACAAGUGCGGCUCAAGAAACGGUGGCUGCUCUCACCUCUGCCUGCCACGGCCCUCUGGCUUUUCCUGCGCCUGCCCCACUGGCAUCCAGCUGAAGGGAGACGGCAAGACCUGUGAUCCGUCUCCUGAGACCUACCUGCUCUUCUCCAGCCGCGGCUCCAUCCGGCGCAUCUCACUGGACACCAGUGACCACACAGAUGUGCACGUGCCUGUUCCUGAGCUCAACAAUGUCAUCUCCCUGGACUACGACAGUGUGGAUGGAAAGGUCUAUUACACAGAUGUGUUCCUGGAUGUUAUCAGGCGAGCAGAUCUGAAUGGCAGCAACAUGGAGACAGUGAUCGGGCGUGGGCUGAAGACCACAGACGGGCUGGCAGUGGACUGGGUGGCCAGGAAUCUGUAUUGGACAGAUACGGGCCGAAAUACCAUUGAAGCAUCAAGGCUGGAUGGUUCCUGCCGCAAAGUGCUGGUCAACAACAGCCUGGAUGAGCCUCGGGCCAUUGCCGUUUUCCCCAGGAAGGGGUACCUCUUCUGGACAGACUGGGGCCACAUUGCCAAGAUUGAGCGGGCGAACUUGGAUGGCUCUGAGCGGAAGGUCCUUAUCAACACAGACCUGGGUUGGCCCAAUGGGCUUACCCUGGACUAUGAUACCCGCAGGAUCUACUGGGUGGAUGCGCAUCUGGACCGGAUUGAGAGCGCCGACCUCAGUGGGAAGCUCCGGCAGGUCUUGGUCAGCCAUGUAUCGCACCCCUUUGCUCUCACUCAGCAGGACAGGUGGAUCUACUGGACAGACUGGCAGACCAAGUCAAUCCAGCGAGUUGACAAGUACUCAGGCCGGAACAAGGAGACAGUGUUGGCGAAUGUGGAAGGACUCAUGGAUAUCAUUGUGGUUUCCCCCCAGCGGCAGACAGGGACCAAUGCCUGUGGUGUGAACAACGGGGGCUGUACCCACCUCUGCUUCGCCAGAACCUCAGACUUUGUGUGUGCCUGUCCUGAUGAGCCCGACGGCCGGCCCUGCUCCCUUGUACCUGGUCUGGUGCCCCCAGCUCCCAGGGCCACCAGCACGAGUGAAAGGAGCCCGGUGCUACCCAACACGCUGCCGACCACCUUGCGUUCCUCUACCACCCGGACCCGCACGUCUCUGGAGGACAUGGAAGGGAGAUGCUCUGAAAAGGAUGCCCAGCUAGGCCUCUGUGCACAAUCCAAUGAGGCCAUACCUGCUGCUCCAGGAGAAGGACUUCAUGUCAGCUAUGUCAUUGGUGGACUCCUCAGUAUCCUGCUGAUUCUUGUGGUGAUUGCAGCUUUCAUGUUAUACAGACACAAAAAAUCCAAGUUAACUGAUCCUGGAAUGGGGAACCUGACCUACAGCAACCCUUCCUACCGAACUUCCACUCAGGAAGUGAAAAUUGAAGCAGUCCCCAAACCAGCCAUGUACAAUCAACUGUGCUAUAAGAAAGAGGGUGGCCCUGACCAUAACUACACCAAGGAGAAGGUCAAGAUUGUAGAGGGGAUCUGCCUCCUGUCCGGGGAAGACGCUGAGUGGGAUGACCUCAAGCAACUGCGCAGCUCCCGGGGGGGCCUUCUUCGGGAUCAUGUAUGCAUGAAGACAGACACCGUGUCCAUCCAGGCCAGCUCUGGCUCCCUGGAUGACACGGAGACGGAGCAGCUGUUGCAGGAAGAGCAGUCGGAGUGUGGCAGUGUCCACACCGCAGCCACUCCCGAAAGACGGGGCUCCCUGCCAGACACUGGCUGGAGACAUGAAUGCAAGCUCUCCUCAGAGAGCCAGGUCUAAACGCCCAUGUGCCCUUCCCUCCCUGCCUCUUCCUCCUCCUCCGUGGACUUCCGGUCCUCGUGCUUGCUUAUACAACAGGCCCCUUUCCUAUGUGCUCGUCCCGCUCCUCUUCCUCCCGCCUCGUAACUGCUCCCGAGCCCGAGCCCGAGCCCGAGCCCGAGCCCGAGCCCUCCGCGGGAGCUGUUCCCCCCUGAGUUCGUAACUACCUGUGCACAGGAAAUCAUGGCGCAUCCCGAGAAUCGCAACCCGGAUUUUACCACCAACCUCACCUCUCGCACUCCGUCCUGAGCCUCCUCGAAACCAGGUUCAGCAGUGAUUCCUUGGCUGUACAGUGUUCCACCUCCCCGUCUCCUGGGACUCUCAGUGCCUGCCCCACGGGAACAGAUGAUCCAAGACUGCACGCCCCCCAUCAGAGCUGGCGUGGCCGCUUCUCUGAGAGAACUUGACCAGGGGCUGGGGUGGGGGCGGGGGCGGGGGUGGGGGUUAUGGGUAAAGAGAGAGAUGAAGGAUAGAGGCUGAGAGAAGGAGGAGGCGUCAGCCCAGCUGGUAUGGGCACCUGGGAAACCUCUAGCCUCGAGUGUGUUGGUAACAUGGAAAAGCUGUUGGGGUGAUUGGGCCUGGGUGUCCUGUCCAUUGCUGGCAAUGGCUGUUAUUCUUGCCCUAAGAGUUGUUUUCUUCAGCUGCAGAUAUUGGUGAGAUCGGGGUGUGGCUCAAGCUAUUCUUCCUCCUGCUAGAAUGUCUGGAGCCUUUCCUACCUUCAGAGGACUGGGGGUCCCUACCACACAGCAGCUGGCCAAUAUGAAUUUCUUCCUGGUGCCAGCACUGGCCAGUACCUUUCCUAAGUCAUUGCCUCGAAGUAACUGGGUUGUGAGCCAGUGGCUUGAGGGAGUGUGGGGCCCCCAGGGCUGGGUCUCUGCAAUGUCUGAGAAGCACUGCUUAGACCAAACAGCGCACUUCCCCUGGACUUUAAUGUUCUGCCACGCUCUCCCUCCUCAUUCUCUGGGAUUCUGAGCACCAAGAUGGAGAAAUAACCUUGCAAAGAAGGGCCGGAAGUUUUCAUAAAUGGUCAGAAGAGUGAUUGGGUUGAGACUUGGGGCACCCCAGGCCUAAAGGGAAGUGGCCAUGAGGCUAACCCUCCUGUGUUCUCUCAGGUGCUCAGGGAUCUAAGUUAGUGGACAGAGAGCCUGUGGCCACAGGUGGUGAAGUUCCUAUUCCAGCACCUCCCAGCCAUGUGACUCCCUCUCCAUGCUGAGUUGCCAUCACCUGCUUCAUGCUUAUUCACACAAAAGGCAUGUGUGUCACACUAGUAUUGAGGGAGUUGAGACUUUUCUGUCCUAAAAUUUCUACCUAGCUUUUUUUUGGGGGGGAGGGUGCCUGAUUUGAUUUUUCUGACCUAGCCUUGUGGGCACCUAGGGUGAAGAGGCCUAAAUAAAGAUGCAAAGUGAGGGACAAGGAAUAGAAAGGUAGAGAGAAUCACUGAGGAAGCCCUUUUAGCCCACAGCCAAUCCAGAUCUCUCUCACUUAGACAUCAGAAGCGACAGCGAGGGCUGGGAAUGGAGGGGAGGGCUUCAAGGGGAUAUUUCCUGAUUUGAAACCUCUCCUGGGGUUCUUGGUUUUGAGAAAUCAGCUGCCAAACAUGUGAGUGAAAAGGGAAGAUCAGAGCAAACUUUUUCUGGUCAGUUCUAAGGUCACUAGAGACAGGUGCCAGGCUUGUAGCUCCACUCUCAGUAGCCAGCCCCAGGUCUGGACCCUCACAGGACAGCCAGGCCAGACCAAGAUGGAUUUUCCAGGAUACAGAGAGGGGAAAGAAAGGUCCUCCUCCUGGGAGGAAAGAGGGACAUCUCACACUUGAUGGGGCAAUAAAAGAAGGAGCACUUUGGGUCCUCAGACUCGUGGUUGGGGAUGGGGAGGGAGUAGCAAAGUGGCAUUUUCUUGAAUGGAAAGGGGAAAGGUCUUAUUGCACUUGGGCUGUUCAGAAUGUAGAAAGGACAUAUUUGAAGAAAUAUCUAUUUGAGCACUGAUUUACUAUGUAAAAAGCAAAAUCUCUCUGUCCUAAACUAAUGGAAGUGAUUCUCCCAUGCUCAUGUGUAAUGGUUUUAACGUUACUCACUGGAGAGAUUGGACUUUCUGGAGUUAUUUAACCACUAUGUUCAGUAUUUUAGGACUUUAUGAUAAUUUAAUAUAAAUUUAGCUUUUCUUAAUCA